AUGCCCGAGAUUGACUUCAAAGCUCUGGCGGCUGCUGCCAGUUUCGACAAUUUCCGCCAGGCUCCGAUUUUGGAUACUCUCGCCAACGAUGCUCUCCUUACCCCCAACUCCAAACUGGAACAAGCCCUUGCCAAUUCGGAAGCCAAGGGCCUUCCCCCCAUCAGCGUCACUCCAAUGUCUGGCCAACAUCUAUCUAUCCUUACUCAGCUCAUGGGCGCCAAGUCUGUACUAGAAAUUGGUACACUUGGAGGAUACUCAGCUAUCUGCUUCGCUCAAGGCGGUGCCAAAGUGACAAGCAUUGAGAUCGAUCCAAAGCAUCGCGACGUCGCGCUGGAGAACGUUGCAGGUCUUGACGUUGACGUCAUACUCGGAGCUGCCCUUGAUGUCCUACCCAAGCUGGCAGAGGAGAAACGGCAGUUUGACAUGGUGUUUAUCGACGCUGAAUUUGAGGAUCAUAUUGAGCAUUUUGACUGGGCUGUUAAAUUGACUCGGCCUGGAGGAUGUGUUUUCUUCGACGACGUGGUGCCGGCGAUGUUUAAGAAUGACGAGGUAAAGCCUGGAGCAGAAUCUAUUUUAACGCAUAUUGGAAAGGAUCAUAGAGUCAAGGCUGCACUGAUGCCCAAUGUGGCGUGUCACCCCAUGUUGCCCACGCCUAUCUUUAAUGGCUUUGUAUUGGCUCUAGUCAAAGAGCACUGA